CUCGACGAUGCACACUCGUCGAGUUGGGGUGCGGACAACCGAUAACUGGCAAUAUCUUCGGUAAAUCGUCCACAACCAGCACAGGUUUGACUUGCCGCACUUCAACUGCACUGCUGCGCACGUUCUUCUGCUGUGGUUGUUGUGUCCAUCUCGCACUUCGCACUUCGCACAUCGCACAUCGCAUCGCACACGCAGGUGCAUCACACGUCAGCCCUAUCAGAGCGGUGACCGACUUGUGUGUCACAUCACGUCCGCAACAAGAUGGAGAAGUUGGACAGCAUCGAGGGCCGGAGCGAGGAGAUUAUCAUCUCCAAGCAAGAGGGCACCCAGCUGUUUGUCGCUGGCACUGAGGAGGAAGGCACUGGCGACUUUGUCGUCACGGAAGAGGACAUGUACUGGUGGUGCCCAGCAAGGUCGACGGGGUACCUGCUGCACUAUGACCAGCUUGUAGUGCAUGCCAUCUCGCGGGAUACGGAGCGGUUCCAGCACCCUUGCAUCUACAUGCAGAUUGAGCCUAGCUCCGACGCAGAGGGCGAAGACAACGACGCGGACGACGACGGCGAUGCGCGGCCCAUGGAGGUUCGGGUCGUCCUGGCAUCUCCUGACCAACUGGAGGCGACGUACGAGGCCAUGUGCCAGGGGCAGGAGCUGAAUCCGUGCGAGGACGACAGCGAUGACGAGGCUGAGGCCAUGGGCAACCCCGGCGCCAACAUCAGCGGCGGUGGCUGGGUGUUCUCGUCAAGCUUUGCGCAGGAGGGAGCGGAUGGGCCCGAAGGCGAUGGUGAAGGCGUGGCUAUGACGGAGGAAGGGCGGGCAACCAUGCAGCGGCUCAUGGCUGCCAUGCAGAGCACAGCGCACGCCGACAACGGCCGCGAUGGUGAUGCUGAUGGUGGUGAUGGUGGUGAUGGUGUUGAUGAGAGCGACAUGUUUGCAGACGCAGAAGAGGACCAAUAGGCGAACGCCAAGCCAAACAGUAGCUAGAACCUGUGUUCACGUAUGUGUGUGUGUACGUUUGUGCACGUGUUUGUGUGGUUGUGCACGUUUGUGUACACGUGUGUGUGUUUGUGUGAGGUUGUGUGUUAUUGUGAAUGUGUGUGCAUGCGGCCGUUCAUGUGGUGAUACCGUGCGCGUACCCCAGUUUUGUUUCACUUCUCUGGUUGAGCACAGUCUGCUUCGACGAUACCAUCAUUGCACCAUAUCGUUUGUACUUGGGAGGGCGAACAAAGACAAAGACAAAGACGAC